AUGCUGCUUCUUCGGCGGCUGCUGCUUCUGCCGCGCGGCGCCAAGUCCCACUGCUGGUCGCCGGCGUUGCCAUGGACGUGCGGCCGCCGUCACUGUCACGGACGCUCGCUGACCGAGAGGCACGGGCGCGGUGGUGCGAGCGUCGUGGGCGCAGAUUACGCGGACGCCUACCGGACGGCGCUCGAGGAACCCGAUGCCUUCUGGCCCGAGGUGGCCAGCAGCCUCGUCUGGGAUCGCAAGUGGAUACGCGUCAUUGACGACCACCGAAGCCCGUUCACCAAGUGGUUUCCGGGUGGCGAGAUCAGCGUGUGCUACAACGCCGUCGACCGGCACGUGGAGGCCGGGCGAGGCGACAACGUGGCCAUCAUCUACGACAGCCCCGUGACCAACAUGGUGGCCAAGAUCACCUACAAGGAGCUCAAGGAACAGGUGUCCCGCGUGGCGGGCGUUCUGAAAGGGUGGGGCAUCCGCAAGGGCGACCGCGUCAUCAUCUACAUGCCCAUGAUCCCGGAGACCAUCUACGCCAUGCUGGCCUGCUCGCGCAUCGGCGCCAUACACUCGCUCGUCUUCGGCGGUUUCGCCGCCAAGGAGCUCGCCGUGCGCAUUAACCACGCGAAGGCAGACGCCUGCCUGUCGGCCAACUUCGGCAUAGAACCGAAAAGGACGGUGCCAUACAAGACGAUUCUGGACGAAGCCAUCAGGAUCUCCGAACACAAGCCCAAGAAGUGCCUCAUCUUUCUACGCCCGGGACAGGCCGACAUACCAAUGACUCCGGGUCGUGACGAAGUGUGGACGGAGGCCGUGGACAAGGCGCAGCCUGCCGAGUGCGUCCCCAUCGAGGCCAUGGAACCCCUGUACAUCCUCUACACCUCCGGAACCACCGGUUUGCCCAAGGCUGUGGUUCGUCCGGCAGGCGGCCACGCGGUCAACCUGCUGUACACCCUGGAGAAGGUGUAUGGCGUCAAGGACGACGACGUGUGGUGGGCCGCCUCCGACCUCGGCUGGGUGGUCGGACACUCGUACAUAUGCUACGCGCCCCUGCUCAAGGGUGUCACCACUGUCCUGUACGAGGGCAAACCCGUGGGCACACCCGACGCGAGCAGCUUCUUCCGCGUGGUCAGCGACCACGGCGUCUGCGGCAUGUUCACCGCGCCCACGGCCAUGAGGGUCAUCCGCAAAGAGGACCCCGAAGGACAACUGGGAAAGAAGUUUCCGGGAAAAAAGCUGCGGCACCUGUUCCUGGCAGGCGAGCGGUGCGACCAGGAGACACUCCGCUGGGCCGAGCAGGCGUUCGGCGUUCCCACGCUCGACAACUGGUGGCAGACUGAGACCGGUACGCCUGUGACGGCUACGUGUGUGGGACUAGGCAACACAACGCAGGUUCCAGAUGAAGCGACGGGACUGCCAGUUCCCGGAUGGAACGUGAGGGUAUUGUUGGAGGACGGCUUGGAAGCGGCUCCCAACCAGCUGGGUAACGUGGCCAUCAGAUUGCCGAUGCCGCCAGGAUCCAUGUCGACAUUGUUCAGAGCGGACGACGUUUUCAUUGUCAAGUACUUCGAGAAAUUUCCGGGCUACUACGACACCAUGGACACCGGCAUGUUGCAUAAGAACGGCUACGUCAGCAUAUUUUCGAGGAGCGAUGACGUCAUCAACGUCGCCGGACACCGUCUGUCAACGUCACAAAUUGAGGAGGCCAUCAUGAAGCACGACGGCGUAGCAGAGUGCGCGGUCAUCGGCGUUCCGGACCCAAUCAAGGGAGAGGUUCCGCUCGCCCUCUUCGUUCUCAAUGAUGACAAGUCGGAGGUGCUGGAGCAGAUCCGCCGGGAGGUCAUUGAACUGGUGCGCAGCGACGUCGGACCAGUGGCUGCCUUCAGCCUCUGCAACCGAGUGCCCGCGCUGCCCAAGACGCGCUCGGGCAAGAUACCCAGGAGGACCAUCUCGGACCUGGCCCGUGGGAAAGCCGUCAAGAUCCCAGUCACAAUUGAGGACCCUUUGGUGUACAAGGCAAUCAAGGCAGCACUUUCUGAACUUGGAUAUGCAAGGGAUGCACCCGAUCCAAAAUGAAUGAAAAUUCUGCAUAGUUGAAUGUAAUAAGACCUUGCAUUAAAAAUAUUAAAAUUUCAAA